AAUAAAGAUUUUUCGCUUUUGCAGCUCAGAUCGCAUUAUGAGCGCGUUCCACACCGACAAACACCUGAAUGUGCUGUUCGGCACCGGGACGUUCGAGUAUGCCAGCCUAAUACAGGACGACGCCCUUAGCCAGGAUGUCAAUGAGUUUGAAGGAUUGAUCUCGAUUGUUUGGCUGCGGGCUCUUCGCAACGGUAAUUGGCGGCACUUUCUGAACGCCCUCAGAGAUGCUAGCGUCCAUGAUAAGUUUGAUGUCAAUGUCGGUGUCUCCGGUACCGUUGCCAUGCCCAUUCUGAAUGCCUGCGAGGACAACCGCACACUAUCCAUUGAAGUCGACUCGGAAAAUACCAUCACAGUGCCGGCACACAUCUGGGCACAUGUUCGCACCGUGGAGCCAGCUCUGAAUGCCUCUGAAUUUGUAGUUAUUGCCCAUAAUUCGCCAUUUUUCACUAUCAAUGAGCGGAACGGUCUAUGCCAGAGCAUGUGCCACGAGGUGCCCUGGCUGAAGAAUAGUCUUUUCAGCAAACUACAGAAAUAUCCCGUCUAC